AUGGAUUACGAUUAUGAUGAUGAUGAUCAUAAUGAAGAUGAUUUACCAAUUUUACCAUUACCUACUACAUAUAUGAUAAACAAGACAUCAAAUAACAAUGAUCGACGAGAUAAUACCGAAAAUGAUCGUUCAUCUAAUUUACUUGAUAAUUGGAAAAGACUUUAUGAGACAAGUCUUCAUUCCUUACAAUCUGAUGAUGAUGAUGAAGAUCGAAGAUCAGUUCCAAAAAAACCAUUUUAUUCUGAUCGACAACUAUCUGUUGAAAACCCUAACAUUGUAAGGUCUUAUGCACCUAUGUAUCAAUCACAAGUAGUUUCAAAUACAUCUAAAUCAAAAUGGGAAAUACGUUUACCUCAACUACUUAACAGCACAGUUGGUCCUGAUCGUCAAAAACGUGACUUUACACGACGUCAUACAACUAAUAUUGUCUUUCAAGCAUCCAAUUUAAAUACUAAUGAAUGUAACUCAUAUUUUCCAUCACAAGCAUCAAAUAAAGCUACUAAUGAUCGACCAAUUACUCCACUUGUUAAACAAUUAAAACAAAAAUUUGAUCAAAUGACAGUCGAUGAUACACCAAUGGCUAGUUCUAGAAAUCAUAGACAAUUUUCAUCUGAUAGUCCUUCAAAAGCUCGUCGAGUAGUUAGUUUAAGUGAUCGAAGAAGAACUGUUGAUGUUGGUGAACGUUUAAUACAACAACCACGUCCAAUGUUACCUAUUCGUCCAACACCUGAAAUAACAAAUUUAAAAACAAGAUCAGGUAGUUAUGAGUCAUUGAAUAAUCGUACACCAAUAACUAAUAGUCGUACUCAGCGAAGUAAAAUAAGUCCACCAAUUAGUUAUCCAAAAUAUGUUUAUCCACCAGCUUCAACAACAUCUGUCGUUAAACAAUUAAUUAGUGCUGGUGCUACACUUGUUUAUGAUAGUAGAGUAGAAUCAAGUUCAUCAAAAAUAAGAUCACCUGUCAUGAAACCUAAACAAAAUAUUCAAAAAAUAACAGAAACUUUAGCAACUACAAAUUCAACUUUAUCAGGUCGACAAUUACGAUCUGAUUCUCCUAAUAAUGCAUAUAGAACACUUCAAACAAAAAAAACUAAUGAUCAGAAAUUAAUCAAACAAAAAGACGAUGACACUGCUCAAAAUGAUUAUGAAGCUGUAUCACUUCAAACAUCGAAUGAUGUAUCCGACAACAAUUAUGUUCAAACUGCUAAUAAACCUUUCAAACAUGAUAGAAAUUCAAAUGAAAAUGAAUCAGAAAAUUAUGAGCCAUUUUUUGAUGUUGACUAA